AUGUCAGAUACGAUAUCAGACGGCAAAGAUGAGGAGCGACUCGCCGCAUGCUUCAACUGCAAGAAGUCCAAGUUGAAGUGCGUUCGAUCGGAUCGUUCCGCCACCUGCACACGAUGCACCCAGCGCCAGCUUCAAUGUGCUGCUCCGCAGUUCCACGUAGGUCGCCACAAGGGCGUGAAGAACAAGCACUCCGGACUGGAGAAGGCAGUGCUCCAGAUAGAGCAGGCACUGAGAAGAUCACAGCCGGGCACUGAACAGAUUCAAGAUGCUGAGCAGGCUACUGAGUUGCGAUACCUGCUGGAUAGGAGUCGAGAACUCCUGGGUACAGAGAACGGUCACCAGCGUCAGUUCUCUGGAGCCAACGGGAGCCACCGCGAAUGUUCGGUAACAUCCCCUCGGCAUACUUCCACUUCACGAGGGACACCCUCUUCGCAGGUGGAAUCACGUGAGAACGGGACGCCGUCUCGAGAAAUCGAUAAAGACCAGCUCGAUCUGGACGAUGCUGAGAACCCGCUGCAGCUACUGGCGAGGACUUCGGAGCUGCUGUCGUCCAUACGGCCCCCGGCCAACAGCCACGGCGGAUACCGGAUUCCUGCGAAGUCGCUUUCUGUUCGAAACUUACCAGUCAAGAACGAUGACGAUGGUGACCUGCGAAAGUUCUUUGGUCGAUUCCAGCCCCGAUUAGAUGUUGGAGAAGAUCUUGAUCCCGUUGGACUAGGGCUACUCUCCGUCGCAGAAGCCGAGGCCUUGUUCCUAUAUUUCUAUGAGAAACUCGCGCACACGCGAUGGGGUAUCGACCCCGUAAUACACACAGUCGACUUUGUUCGAAGUCGGUCGCCCUUCUUGUUCACGUCCAUAGCCGCCGCGUCGGCACUUUUCUUGCCGUCCAUGGAGUCUAUGUAUAGACGGCUCUCGAACCACCGAAAGAAGAUUGCUGGCCUUGUCAUGGCGAAACGGUACAAGUCUGUCGAGAUCGUGUUGGCAUUCAUGGUCAACAUACCUUGGAUAUCGGCUGGUGAGCACUGGGCCGACGAUGAGACGUCGACCUACAUGUCCAUGGCAUUGAGCAUCGCCCUUGAUUUGUCUCUGAACAAGAUUAUACUUCCCUCUUCUAUGGAGUCCCCUUUCUCGAGAGAUAGCGUCGCCAUGUCCGAUCGAAUCUCUGCGCGGAAAGCUCUCGCCGUGGAUGGUUUCGGUGAGGUGGAUCCAGACUCGGUGCUGGGCCGGCGGCUCCUGAGAAGAAGGGAGCGAACAUGGCUAUCGUUGUUCGUUCUUGAAAGAGGUGUCUGCUUAGCCAGAGGCAGAAACCCCGUUCUACCAAUGUCGCCGCUCAUCGAGAACUGUGAUCGGUGGCAUAUGUGCGACCUUGCUGAUAGAUGGGAUGGAUCGAUCGUGUCCGUUGCGGUUCUACGAAGAGAUCUGGCCAAGUUAAUCACAAACCUGCGAGUGACAUGCGACAGCUACGCAAAUGGCGUCGUCGAGCCUACUGUGGUCGAUAGGCUGAAGAACGAGAUUACCAUGUUCUUUGAUAGGUGGUAUCAGACUUGGCCAUUGCAAAUAGGAGACCGGGAGCAACUUUCUCUGCCCCCUUAUGUCGAGAUCCUCGCAUCACACACUCGGCUGUCGAUGUACUCGAGUGUCAUCAACCACAGCACAGCACCAGUGGCAGCACGCCAUUUCUUCAGAUCUGCUGGCCUCUCGUCCGCCUUGAAUGUCUUGCGGGUCGCUGUACAAGGGGAGGGCCAGCUAAGAUCCAUGCCCAACAACACGGCCAUUAUGAUCUCUUUCGCAGCUUGCUUCGCCCUGCGAGUGAGUACCGUUGCCGAUGGCAGAGGAUCAAGCCUAGCUCCAAGCAUCAGAGGCUUGAUUUCCGAGACCAUAGAUGUCUUGGAAAGGAUCGGGUCGGCACCGGUCCAGCGGAAGGGACUCUCUUGUCUCUUUGCUGGGCAACUGAGAGAGAUUCUCAAGCUUGCUUCUCGCUCAGCCGAAGUAACGCGAAGUCUACCAGAGCCAAAUGGAGAUGAGCCGGAGGCCACCGUUGUGUUCCCGGGUAUGAAUGCUACACAACUGGCGACCCACCAUGGUCCGGUUCAGAUGCAUAUGCCGGCGACAACCCUGCCCCCUGAUUAUCUCUUGUUUUCUACCAUGUCUAACGACCAGCUGGAUGAGGCAAUCAACAACACUGAUGUGGGACUAGAUGCCGCGUGGGAAGACUUCCAAUUCCAGCAUGCUUCAGAGCUAGACUGGAUGGACUGGAGCACUUUUGCAUGA